GGUGUCAGUGGGGGGAGGAAUAGUGCCCCAUCGUUGGUGUCAGUGGGGGGAGGAAUAGUGCCCCAUCGUUGGUAUUAGUGACAGCCUGGGCUCGCUCUCUCACUUACCUGUCAGCUGUCUUCCUUCUCUGGCCGCUCUCCUCUUCACUCGCUCCGGCAGCUCCCUCGAUCUUCUUUGAUGUGCGCGCGCUGCCGCUCGGCUCCUCCUCUCCAAGCUCCACCUCCUCGCCGCACCGCACUGGAACAGGAGUCAGCAAGUGUCAGUGGGAGAAAUAGUGCCCCAUCGUUGGUGUCACUGAUACCAAUGAAUGAUGGGGCACUAUUCCUCCCACUGACACCA